AUGAGUUCUCAAAGUUCUCCUUCGAAAGAGGCUAGUAAACCGGCAGCUGCUUCGCCAGAAAAUCCCUCUGCCGAGAAACAAAAGGUUGAGUCAAAGCCUAAAGGCCUGCAGCCUGCGUCCAAUGAAUCUCAGCCUCAGCCAGCAGACGUGGCUUCUUUAAUGGGCUUUGCUUCCUUUGGUACUACCAAGCAAAAGAAGGUUCAAGGCAAAGGCAGUGGCGGCAAGAGAGUUGAGAAAACUGCGGCAAAGUCAUCGCGUAAAUAUCGCCAGUACGUUAAUAGGAAGAGCAAGAAGCUUGUCCAAUGA